AUGCUUCUUCCCAAGUUGGUCCUACUUCCCUCAGUCCUCGCACUUCCACUACUGGAUUCGAUAGUAGACCCAAUUGUUGACAGCAUCUGGACCGCGCCAGAGGGUAUCACGAAGACACUUCUAGGGAGCCUCGCAGGCACGCUCGGUGCUAAGAAGUCUUAUGAUUAUGUCGUAGUUGGCGGCGGAACAGGGGGCAACACAAUUGCGUAUCGUCUAGCUCAAGCUGGUUUCACUGUCGCAAUCGUUGAGGCUGGAGGAUUGUACGAAUUUGGCAAGCCUGUUGUUGGACCCGCACCCCUCGGCGAUGUCAUCGGUGUAGGCUCGAACCCAGCUGACAGCAUCCCAACUGUGGACUAUGGCUUGGUGACGGUCCCACAAGCUGGCGCAGGAGGCCGUAGAAUGCAUUACGCCCAGGGCAAGUGUCUUGGCGGCUCUUCAGGCCUGAACUUCAUGAUCCAUCACCGCCCAAACCGAGGGGCUCUGGAUGCGUGGGCAGAGGCUGUCGGGGAUGAGAGCUACUCAUUCGACCGAUUUCUCCCAUACUUCAAAAAGAGUUUCACCUUCACCCCACCGAAUCAAAAGACACGUCUGGCCAAUGCAACGACGGCCUAUGUGGAGGCAGACUUCGAGCCAUCAUCAAGUUCACCAAUUCAGGUGACAUAUCCCAACUGGACACCCGUAUGGUCGACAUGGGCAGCCAAAGGACUGGAGGCCCUCGGCAUGAAAUUGACGGAUAAGUUUAACCAAGGCAUCCUCAACGGGUAUCAUUACGCGCAAACGACGAUUCAUCCACGUGCUCAGAUCCGGUCCAGCUCGGCUGAUUUCGUAUACGCGGCAAAAGACACGGACGUAGGCAAAAAGCUCGCUGUAUUUCUAGGGUCGCGAGUCGAGAAGGUACUUUUCGAUGAUAACAAAAAGGCUACUGGCGUUGAAGUCGCCGGACUAGGAUUGCUGAAAUACACUAUUUCUGCCAACAAGGAAGUUAUACUUUCAGCCGGUGCUAUACACACGCCGCAACUACUUAUGCUAUCUGGCAUCGGCCCUGCGAAACAUCUUGCCGAACAUGGGAUCACCGUACUGGCCGACCGUCCUGGUGUAGGGCAAAACAUGACUGAUCAUGCUCUUUUUGGACCCACGUACGAAAUGACAUUCGAUACCCUUAACAGGGUACUCGGGGACCCUGUCGCACUUGCAGAGGCUGUGGCUGAAUAUGCACUGACGCAAACCGGGCCGUUGACGACAAACGUGGCUGAGUUCCUAGCAUGGGAGCGGAUGCCCAGUAGCGCCAAUCUGAGCCAGUCAACAUGGGACAAGCUGCUUAGUUUCCCAGAAGAUUGGCCUCAUAUUGAGUAUUUCCCAGCAGCAGCCCAUAUUGGUGAAUUCAACAUCCCAUGGCUCGAUCAGCCAAAAGACGGGAAAAUGUAUGCCUCUAUUAUCGCCGCGUUAGCCGCCCCACUAUCUCGUGGUAAUAUUUCACUUGCCAGUGCUUCUCCCGCGCGAAGUCCGUUAGUCAACCCGAAUUGGCUUACCCACCCAGGCGAUGUCGAGGUCGCAAUCGCAAUGUACAAGCGUAUACGCAAGAUCUUCAACACGGACGUGGUUCGAAGCAUCCGCGCGAGUGAUGCCGAAUACUGGCCUGGCGAUGACGUGAAGACAGACGAACAGAUUUUGGGCAAUAUUCGGACGAGCGUGAUGGCAGUUAUGCACGCCUCAUGUACUGCGCGGAUGGGACGCAUUGAUGAUCCAACCGCUGUGACGGAUAAUCUGGCGAGAGUAAUCGGAGUUCAGGGCCUGCGGGUUGUAGAUGCUAGUUCCCUGGCGCUACUGCCCCCAGGUCAUCCUCAGGCAUUAAUCUACGCCCUUGCUGAGAAGAUUGCGGAUGAGAUGAUUAAGGAGCAAUAA